AUGGCCAAGCAGAUGGACCCGCCAGCCUUUGCCGAACGACGAAACCAAGUCGGCCACCGGUCUCUGACUGCUAGCCGCCGAGACCCUAUGUGCCCCCACGCGGUUUACGUCAAUCACGCGGCGCAUUCACUCGCUGUAGGCCACCCCCCAUAUGUCGCCUACCUCGGGCGCGUGCGGUACCUCCAUGUCGCUGGAGGGCGCCUAGGGAUUCCCUCCAUUACGGCCGACGGAUCUCUGCGUGGAGGUUGCAACCACGUCGCAGCCACGCCUACUAACGUUAGUAAACUGUUUUACCAGCGCCUGCCAUUCGUGACGACCCACCGCGCCACGCAGCGGGUCACUCGCUUCAUUGGGCUGGGGCAAUUGGGGGUGUCGACCGACAAGGACAAGAAGUGA